AUGUUACGUCGCUUGUUAACUCCAUUAAGUCGUACCUCCACCUCGUCUGUGGAUCGUUCCAUCCGCUCCGUUGCGGUCUUGAGCUCGCUUUCAUCCGUCUCUAGUGAUCAAAAUUUAAGUUCCUCAUGGCUCUUGGCUCUCACUACAGGUGCAUUAUGCGUCACCGGUAUCUCUCUCUUCAAAGACCAUCACUCUGCCAAUUCUUGCGGUAUUGUGGGCGUCGUGGGCAAGACGCAGAAUGCUUCAGACUUUUUAUUAGAAGGACUAACUAUUCUACAGAAUCGAGGCUAUGACUCAGCUGGAAUGUCGACGCAGCCAAACGUUAAAGAAGGCGAGAAGGCUCCCAUUACUACGACCAAAUUUGCAUCCGUUGGCACAGCUGAUUCGAUCCAUUUACUGAGAGAGACGAAGACUAAACAUGAAGGAAAUACUUCUGGUAUUGCACAUACCCGUUGGGCUACACACGGUGCCAAGACGGACUGUAAUUCACAUCCGCAUACAGACAUGCACGGUCGUGUGUCAUUGGUGCAUAAUGGCACAUUUACGAAUUAUUACGAGGUUAAACAAGAGCUCUUGGAUGAAGGUGUGGUUUUCUCUUCUCAGACAGACACAGAGGUAGCAGCACAGCUCAUUGGUCAUUUGAUGGGCCAGGGAGCUGAUCUGCUUACAGCAGUGCGACUCGCUCUAAAGAAGCUGGAAGGAACGUGGGGACUCUGUGUUAUGGCACGAGAUGAUCCGGGCAAGAUUGUCAUUGCACGUAAUGGAUCACCCCUGUGCAUUGGAUAUGGAUCUAGUGAGAUGUUUGUGGCCUCUGAGACCACAGCUUUCAGUCGCUACGCCAAGCGAUUUAUCUCGCUCGAGGAUGGUGAGGUGGCAGUAAUCAAAAGUGACUUGGCAGAGCUCAAUCCAAAUGACGACGGUAAAGAAGAAGGCUUUUUGCAACGAUUCCCGACGAGCAGGCUAGCUGUGGCACCGGAUGUGAAGGUGCGACUAUUGCCAACACCGUACCCACACUGGACGCUGCGUGAGAUCAUGGAACAACCGAAAGCUGUGGCGGCGUCACUGGGUUACGGUGGUCGCGUAUCUGAUGACCACGUGUACCUUGGUGGGCUGGAGGCAGAGAAGGAGCGUAUGCUGCAUAUUAAGCACCUCCUUAUUGCUGCGUGUGGUACCUCGCUGUAUGCGAGCAAGUAUGGCGCCAAGCUGAUGCGAUCACUUAACGCGUUUGAAAGUGUGGCUGUAGAAGAUGCAUCAGAAUGCACGAGUGAUCGAUUCUCAAAGAAGGAUGGUGGCCUGCUUGUUGUGUCUCAGUCAGGCGAGACGAAGGAUGUCCACCGCGCCUUGAAAACCGCAAAGGAGCUGCAGCUUGAGGUGCCUACGUUUUCCGUUGUGAACACUGUGGGAUCGCUCAUUGCGCGCACAACGAAAUGUGGUGUGUACCUGAACGCUGGACGUGAGAACGCCGUGGCCAGUACCAAAGCCUUUGUUACCCAAGUUACGGUCAUGGGACUCAUUGCCUCGUGGUUUGCACAAUAUCGUCCCGAUGGUAACCGUUCCAAGAUGACUGCGUUAAUCCAGAGCAUGCAUCGCCUUCCAAUAGCAAUUGGCAUGGCAUUGCGAUCGCGCGACCAAUGCGCAAAGGUUGCUGACAGCUUGUUGUCCGCGGAGCACCUCUUUGUGCUCGGUAGAGGCUACGGUGAGCCGAUUGCAUAUGAAGGUGCACUUAAAAUCAAGGAGAUCACGUACUUGCAUGCUGAGGGCUACCCUGGUGGUGCACUCAAGCACGGUCCCUUUGCACUGAUUGAGGGUGAGAAAGAGGGCAAGUUUGGAGCCACGCCAAUCAUCCUAAUUGUGCUGGAUGACGAGCACGCCACCUUUAUGAAGACGGCUGCUGAAUCUGUGCGUGCUCGUGGUGCUCAUACUAUUAUCAUCACCGACAAUCCAGCAAUGUGCGAGAACAUUGCCGACGAGGUCAUUCCGAUUCCAACGAACGGACCCAUGACCGCGUUGCUCGCGACAAUUCCUCUACAACUUAUCGCUUACGAGCUUGCUGUGCGCAAGGGCAUUAACCCGGACGUACCGCGUAAUCUAGCCAAGGCGGUCACAGUGGAUUAA